AUGGCCGACAGCUCGGUCCACUCUCGCCCCAUGGCAGUUCAGGGCGCAGAGGAUGGAGAAAUAGACCUAGAGGACGUUGAAAAUACUGACCCAGACUACGCACAGGAUCGCGAGAACGAUAGCGAGUUUGAGGCGACCGAGGAGGAUUUGUUUCAGGGUGGUAUCUACGAACCAUCCGUCCGGAUUCAAGUCCAGGGGAGUGAAGAAGAGAGUGAAGGGCCGGGAGGCGAUGGAGUGCGCCCACGACCCGGUGCACCCGAAGAACGAGGGUGCAGCAUUCGAAAGAUUCGACUUGGGAACCUCUUUGUCCGCAUGACGCGGAGUACAUCACACCUCGACGACUAUCUGGACGUUUUCGUACUCGUCGUUGUUUCCAGGAAGUCGAAGACCAACCCCAACAACAAGCUGAAUCAUCAGUUUCUUGCAAGGCAUAGGGACUGGCGGCUCUGCGGAAUGGGCCAUGUGUUCCUCUGGCUUUAUUUCAUCUACGACCUCGUUCCUCUGCGCUACGGCCCCGGUAUCGUCGAGCCUCUCGACUUUUCUGAACCGAUCUUGUGGACGAAAGCGCACCUCUUCUUUUCUUUGAAGAAGGGCGACCAGGGAAAGCAGAAGCAAGACGAGAUGCACUACAAAACGCAUAACACCUGGAUUAAGUGGGCCAUGACGAAGGCGAGAUGGAUUCUGAGCAAGGUAACACAUGCAUUCCGCAGAUCCGGAGCGCAACAACUCCAUGACGACGGUUGCUCCGACAACGAUAUCGGCACUCUGGGCGGAUGGGCGCAGGGGGAGUUGCGGAGGUGUUAUGUGUUCGGCAUACCGUUCAAGCCGGUUUGGCUGCUGGCAGGAUUCAGCGGGGAUCGUGGAGACUACUACAUCGGCAGAGCCCGCGCCAAGCUUCCGCGGCAUAAGGUUAAGGAGAAGGAUGAGUGGUUGCAGCUCUUGGAUCUCUUGAGGCUUCACAUUUUCCCCUGGGUCGAAGAGGGUUGGAAGAAGGUCGAAGAAUGGAACGCUGCGCAGACCGAUCCGCUGAAGAGGCACUAUGCGGGGGCGAGGUUCCUAGACACCCUCGCCAGCAUCGGACGCCUCGUUGUUGCACAGGAUCUGGCUAUGAUGUGGGCGUUCUGCCAUCAGCACGGCGUGAGAAACCCGCGGUGCAAUUGCGAGAGGCAUCCAUAUGUGCAGAUGAGCCCCUUGUGCAACCACCCGCUGUUCCAAAAGUGGGCGUACCCGGUCGCUAUCUCUCACUUCUAG